UUUCAGAGCCGCCAAGCUGGAGCUGGAACUGGAGCUCCCCGGGGCCGUGGCCCCGACGACUGGACAGCGGCUCCUGCAGGACGCCGGGGUCCCAGCGACGCGCAGCGAGCGGGAGGCGGCCGGGCGCGGCGGCAGAACCCGGGGCGUGCUGCUCUGGCUCACCACGCUGGUCCUGUACGCCUCCUUCGUGGGGCUGGGAAUAAGCGUUGCUAUCCUCGGCCCUACAUUUCAAGAUUUGGCAACAAAUGUGAAUCGAAAUAUCAGCAAUCUUUCUAUCAUCUUUGUGGGCCGCGCCUCUGGAUUUUUAUGUGGCACUAUGAUUGGUGGAGUUCUCCUUGACUAUAUGAAUCCUUUUUUACUUUUGGGUGUAUCAAUGUUGGCUACUGCAGUUGGGUUGUAUUUCAUUCCUUUGUGCAAGAAGGCAUUUUUACUGAUUAUCAUGAUGGCUGUGUUUGGUGCUUCAGUUGGUGUUGUGGAUACAGGUGGGAACGUUCUCAUCUUGGCUCUUUGGGGGGACAAAGGAGCCCCACACAUGCAGGCCUUGCACUUCAGUUUCGCCUUGGGCGCCUUUCUGGCUCCCCUGCUGGCUAAGUUGGCCUGGGGUACAGCAGCAUCUGCUCAGAACCACACCGAGUCCGACUUUAACUCUCUAGUGCUGAACCGAUCCUCCAAAGCCGCCUCAGACUCUGUGUUCGCGGUACCCGAUGACAUGAAUCUGCUGUGGGCAUAUGCUUCUAUUGGCACCUACGUUUUAGUAGUCUCUGUCUUUCUGUUUGGUCUGUUUUGUAAGAAACAUUCAAGGAAGGAAAAGUCCGCAGCAUCUGCUCAGGGGGCUCGAAGGGCUAAGUAUCACUGGGCCCUGCUGUGCCUCCUCUUCCUCUUCUUCUUCUUCUAUGUGGGAGCCGAGGUGACCUAUGGCUCUUACGUAUUCUCCUUCGCCACCACCCACGUCGGCAUGGAAGAGAGCGAGGCAGCUGGCUUGAACUCCAUCUUCUGGGGGACCUUUGCAGCCUGCAGGGGCCUGGCCAUCAUUUUUGCAACGGUCUUACGGCCUGGAACCAUGAUCGUUCUGAGCAACAUAGGCAGCCUGGCCUCGUCUUUCUUUCUGGUGCUUUUUGAUAAGAAUCCUCUCUGUCUCUGGAUCGCAACUUCUGUAUAUGGAGCCUCAAUGGCAACCACGUUUCCCAGCGGCAUCUCCUGGAUUGAGCAGUACACCACCUUAACUGGGAAAUCUGCAGCAUUCUUUGUAAUUGGCGCUUCCCUGGGAGAAAUGGCCAUUCCUGCAGUCAUCGGAAUUCUUCAGGAACACUACCCGGAUCUGCCAGUGAUUCUGUACAUAUGUCUGGGCUCAGCCAUAUUCACAGCUGUUCUAUUUCCUGUGAUGUAUAAAUUGGCCACCUUACCCCUGCAACGCCAGAGCAAAGGAAGGAAGAAUGAGGACUAGAAAGCCUUGCUCUCCAGCUCUGAGCAGCAUAAAUGGAAACAUGCAGGAAACUGGAAUGGAAUGGAUUCUGAAGUAGUUGACAUGAACAAUACAAGGAAUUCUGUAAUAGAGUACUCUAAAAACAUUCUGAUUUGAUACAGCUCACAGCCAACACCUCUAAGGCAAUUCCCAAAUGCCUCUAAGUUUGGGCCCUCUCCAGUUACUAGAGGCAACUCCCUUGUGAUACACCAGGAGAAAAUGGACAAACAUUUGGAAAAGACGAAUUGUUUAAUAAAUGCAUAGUUGCUACUCUUGAGGAAGCCGGGCUAGGUGAAGCCGUAGCAGGUUAUCAGCAAUUCCUAGAGAUAAGGUUUCCACAUAUAACUGCUAAGAUGUUUUGACAUGUUCUGGAAUUUUCAGAGUCUUCUAUAAUGUACUAGGCUGUAAUGAACAUUUUUAGAAAUGCCUUUUAGACAUGUAAAACUAGUUUAGUCAGGAUUCCCACUAUGCCUAAGGCUGCAUGUGAUAACCAGAACCCAGUGACAUCACUUAAGAUAGUCAGACACAGUCCUAGGACCCUGUGGCGCUCACUGGACAUUAUAUAAACAGAGACGAAGAGCUAUGCUCGUCCUGCAUGACUAGAGAGAUGUCACCUUGACCUUCCCUGUGGCUGCACAGUGUCCCCCAGGAUGCUGACCGUCAAACCAGAGACAACUGUUAGAGACUGGACCUGCCCUUCAGCUAAGAUACACUGCACAGGUUAGCAGCCUAGGGGAAAUAGGAUUAGGACCAUAGUUAGGAACUUAGUGCGUGAACACUGUGUGAAGACACUCUGCAUAAUAAAAUAUAACUUCUGUUAUACU